AUGAAAUGUAACCCAACCCAAGACAAAACCAAAACCUGUUUUGGUUGACGAUUGUACACUUCCCGUUUUAUCUAGGAUUAACGACCAACCAACCAAACCAACCAUAUCUUCCUCUAGUUUCAACUUCCGCUGGUUUCUCUUCAGUCAUGGCUUCUUUACCUUACAGAACCAUCCCAAAUACAAACCUCUCUUCAUCCAAACACUCCAUACCCACAGAAAGCCAAAAACAAUCACAAGCCCAUUUCCCAAAGCUUCAACAAAAUGCCGCCCACAAUCAAACUAUGUCAAACUCUUACUUCAAUCAAAUGUCCACUCUCUCCAAACAGAGCAAAAUUCAAGAAGCUGUAGACUUACUCAUCCAAAUGGACCUAAAAAACAUUCACAUUGGCCCCGAAAUCUACGGUGAGCUUCUCCAGGCGUGUGUCUGCAACCGAUCUCUCCAAACCGGUAAGCAAAUCCACGCUCGGAUAAUCAAGAAAGGUGAGAUCUUUGCGAGAAAUGAGUACAUUGAAACCAAGCUGGUCAUAUUCUACGCGAAAUGUGACGCAGCGAAAGCUUCGAAUCGUCUGUUUAAGAGAGUGAGGUUGAAAAAUGUGUUUUCUUGGGCUGCAGUCAUUGGACUAAAUUGUAGGUUGGGUUUAUACAAAGAGGCAUUGCUAGGUUUUAUGGAGAUGCAUGAAGAUGGGUUGUUUCCUGAUAAUUUUGUUGUUCCGAAUGUGUUGAAGGCUUGCGGGGCGGUAGAGUGGAUUGGUGUUGGGAGAGCAGUUCAUGGAUAUGUGGUUAAGACGGGUUGCAAUGCUUGUGUGUUUGUUGCUAGUAGUCUUGUGGAUAUGUAUGGAAAAUGUGGGGCUGUGGAUGAAGCGAGGAUGGUGUUUGAUGGAAUGGUUGAGAGGAAUGUGAUCACUUGGAAUUCGAUGAUCGUGAGUUAUGUGCAGAAUGGAUUGAAUGAGGAAGCUAUUAGUGUGUUUUGUGAUAUGAGGGAGGAAGGUGUUGAGCCUACUCAUGUGACGGUAUCUAGCUAUCUUUCUGCUUCGGCUAAUUUAGGUGUGGUAGAGGAAGGUAAGCAGGGACAUGCAUUGGCAGUUGUGAGUGGAUUGGAGCUGAAUACCAUAUUGGGGAGUUCUAUUAUAAAUUUUUAUUCUAAGGUAGGUAUGAUUGAGGAUGCUGAAAUAGUAUUUAGUAGGAUGCAUGAGAAAGAUGUGGUUACAUGGAAUUUGCUUAUAUCAGGGUAUGUGCAAACUGGGGAGGUUGGUAAAGCUCUUGAAAUGUGCCGCUUGAUGAGGCUAGAAAACUUAAGGUUUGAUUCUGUUACUCUUGCAUCCCUAAUGUCUGCUUUUGCAGAUACUAGAAACUUGAACUUGGGCAAGGAGGCGCACUGUUAUUGUAUAAGGAACAACCUUGAGGAUGAUGUGGUUGUUGCAAGUAGCAUUGUAGACUUGUAUGCCAAAUGUGAUAAAAUUGAUUAUGCAAGACGAACUUUCGAAUCUGCAACAACUGGAGAUCUUGUACUGUGGAACACACUGUUGGCGGCUUAUGCAGGAUUGGGA